AUGGAUCCUCUCAGUAUCACAGCCGGCGUCGUGGGUAUUGUCGCACCAACGCUGCACUGCGUGCGACUCUUGGUAGAGGACUUGCAGAACAUUGCCGACGCACCUAAUACCGUGAAGGCGCUCACUAACAAUCUCCAAUCAGUGGAACUUGCUCUUAACUCGUUGGGGGCUGUGACGGACUCGCAGUGGGAAUCCCUGGGCGAUGCUAUUACUACCCAGUCGAAAGCUACGAUAGCUUCCUGCAAAAGUUCCUGCGAAAGGUUCAAGACCUCUCUCGAUCGCUGGACCCGGCACAGCACAGAUGGAACGCUCUCCUGGCGAGACCGCGCAACUCUGGGCAUCUUCAGACAGGACCACAUCAAAUCCAUAUCGAAGCAGCUUCAGCAAUGCAACAUCACGCUGACCUCGGUAACGAGCAUUGCAACCUUGACACAGCUCCCUGCAGCAGGCUCAAGCGGCCGAAGAGAUCAAGACGAUAAUAUCGACGAAGGAGACGGCGGUUAA